AUGUAGAGAGUCAUCUUUUAAUAUGCAUUUAAAAUCAUAGAUGGCCUUUUUGUUGGAAACCUUCGUGCUCCUUUAGUAUAUAUAAUAUUUUAUAUUGAUGAGGAAAGAGACUUUUUGUAAAUGAAUAAAAUUAAUAACAUCAUUAAUUGUGCUGCAUCUGAACUUACAUAUAAUGGAAAUGGAAACUCUCUCUCUUUUAAUUGGAGAGAUGUUGAUGAAUAAGUAAAACAACCAAUUAAAUUUAGAAAAUUGUUUCAAUUGAAAAUAUAGAAAAAAUUGAUGAUUUUAUUGAAACAGCCAUCAAUAAUGGGGAGGGUGUAUUAUUUUUUUCACUUAGAGGAUAGAGUAGAGCUUUAACAGCCUUAACAGCUUAUUUAAUGUACAAGUAACUUUUCUUACUGAAUUAUUUUUAGAUUUAGUUGGAGCUUAUAUAAAACACUAUAAUUCUUAAAUUCAAGAAGGAAAGACUUUGAAAUUAGAGCAGCAUUCUUAAAAUAAUUAAUGAAUUUUGAGACUGAAUAUUUCAAAAACAAAGAAAUAAGCAGAAAUUGGGAUUAUAAUUAAGAAAAUUAAGAAAUUUAGGUUAUUUAAAAUACAUAUUUAAAUUCUUAAUAAUAAGCACCUUUAUUGGUAAAAACACUUGGGAGUUUGUCAAUUCAAACUGGAUAAAAAUUAAAUGUAACCUGGUCUAUUAACUUAAUAUAAUAAAUAUAAACAAUUUAAAAUACGUAAGAAAAAUAGUAAAAAAAAGAAUUGAAAUCUAUUUUAAAAGGUUCUACUCUAAAUUUUAAGAAAGAUAAAUAAUUUAGAUCUAUUUCAGUAAAUGAUAAUUCAAAAUAAAAUUUCGAAGAUUUCAUUUUAGAAAGUUUGUUAACAACAAAAAAGUUACAAACACCUAAAAUUAAUAGUUUAAGUUUUGAAAACAAAGCAAAAAAAAAGGAUUUUUUAGUUGUUAGUAUAUCUUAAUAAAGACCUAAAUCAAAAAGAAAAUAGAAUUUUACUCCAGAGAGGUAAAGAACAAUAUAGAACAAUAACUCAAUUUUGGACACUUAUUUAAAUUCACAAUUAAAUAAUUUAAAAUUAAUGAAGGGUAGAUCUAUUUACACUCCUAAAAGAGACAGAGUAAGAGCAAUUUCUUAAUAGAAUUCAAGUCCUAAUAAAACUCCAAUUCAAUAAAUAUAACCUUUUUUUAUUGAGAAUCAAAAUAUGAGAUGGAAUAUUGUGAAAAAGUAACCUCAAUUCAAAAUUAAAUGA